AUGAAACAGACUGCUAUAUUCUGCAGCAAAAUGCUACGGGAUCCAACUACUUCUUUACAGGUACCUUCAUUACCAGAGAAUUUUGGGUUCUAUGUGAAGGAUGUUGGAACGACCCAAGUUGUCCUUGGUUGGAAGAGUUUGAAAAAAUGGAUGAAAUCUGGAUAUAAGCUGGUUAUUAAAUAUUACUUGGAAAAUUCUAAUGGGCAGUACUUUGAGACUGUGCCUCUAAAUUCAACCGAAAAAACAAUCUUGCAACUGUCUGCUGGACAUCUUUAUAGGUUUUUACUCUUAGCAAAGAACCCAGAGGAAUCUCAGAUUGUGUUAAGUCCAGUUCUGAUAGUUGAGACACGCCCAUUACAGGCAAAAAAUUUGAGAGUGACACGUGUAACGCCAAUGGAGAUAUUUUUGCACUGGGAUCCCCCAGAUGAUUUUUCAAGCACUUCUUUCCAUCAUUACUUUGUGACCAUUUUGGAUACCAAAGCCAAUAAGUCAGAAGCAUUGUCCGUGGAAAAAGUCAACACAACAACAGUAAUAGGAAACCUCAAACCUUAUCAUCAGUACCAGAUCCAUCUUUUCAGUGUUGCAGAAAAAGGAUCUUUAAGCUGCCUUGAGAAACCAAUAUUAAUCAUAACAGGUGUCAGCCCACCGCGAAAUGUUUCUGCCAAAUCUGAUGAUGUGGGAGAAGACAGUAUAAUUCUUCAGUGGGAACCCCCACAUGAUAGUUUUGAAUUCUACAUUCAAGCAAAAUCUGUAUCAGAUGCAUCUGAAACCAUUAAGCACUUAGUAAAUAACACUAACAAAUUCAAGAUUGAUCUAUUAACUCCUGGGAUGACCUAUGAUAUAGGUGUAGCAACAGUGAAAAAUGGAAAUAAGAGUGAACUCGUUACUAUUCAAAAAACUCUAAAACCCAGACCAGUUCAGAUUAUUAUCCCAUAUGAAUUUCAUAGUACUUCUGUGAUUUUAUUUGUUCAAAUGCCUGAUAUUGGUGUGUUUGAUGGCAUAUAUAUUAUAACGAAUAGAGGUCCCAAUAUAACAGUGCCUUUAAAAAGCAACAACAAAAUUACUAUUGAAAAUUUGACCCCAGGCACAGAAUACAAUUUCUUAGUUUCUACAAUCAGUGGAGACAGACUAAGCACUAUGUAUCGUGUACCUUCAGUAAAAACUUGUAAGUAAUUCAAAGUAGAGUGAAUUUUCAUUUCUGGUCUUGCAUUACAGCAUUGCACAUUCUUUUUAAUACAAUUGCCUAGCAUUUCCUAAUAUAUAAUCCCUAUGAAUACAUAUUGUGUACAAAUAUAAAUAAAACAUGAGUGAAUGUAUUAAGUAUUUCUAACCCUUGAGUCUGAUUUUUGUAUUGCCUUUGUCACUUUGGUAUAUUAAUGGCAUAUUCCCUCAGGGUAAGCUCACGGCUAAAUAGUAAAGUAUAUAAAAUAUGGUUUCAGUGCUCACUCCCCCAUUUUAUCAAACUACUCCUCUGUCUCAGU